AUGGCUUCUUCUAUCGAAACCGAAGGGGCGUGGAGCACCAUGGAAGAUGUUUCUUUGUGUGAGGCUUGGCUCCGACUUAUUCAAGCACAAAUGUGGUUCGAUGUAACUGGGGGUGGCAAAAAAAGUUUCACCCAUCAUGAAUGUUGGGAUGUGGUGAAAUAUUGUAAACGCUUCAUAAUUAUUCCCACGGGUCCCGACGUUGUGUUAAACGAGACGCCUCUCCGUGAUUCAACGACAUCGGAUUCACCUCUCGAUUUCCCUAUGAGUGAAGACUCACCCAUCCAAAAGGAACCGAGGCCCAUUGGCCGAAAGGCUGCGAAGGCAAAGAAAACGGGUAAUUCAAGCAACCAUAAUUCAAAAUUUUUGGAGGAAAUUGCAAGGCAGAACACCAUAAGAAUUGAAAUGGAGCAGAAACGCCAAGAUAUGGAGGUGGCAAUUCAAGCCGAGUGUGCACGAGAAAAUGUGUAUUUGCGCAAAAAAGAUAUGCAGAAGACGGAUCGGGAAACCAUGGCGAUGGAUAUAAACCAUAUGUCCCCUGAAACAAAACAAUAUUGGAAGCUAGAAUGA